GAUUCACAUUUCUCCAAUCAAUCAAAGCAAACAAGGACCCUUUUUCUCCUAAAUCGAAACCCAUUUCGGGGAUUUUCUUAUUGUUCUUCUUCAUCCUCAGUUCGUUCGAUUUUCCUUCAAUCAUGGCAACAAGGCUUAUGUUCGAGAAUUCCUGCGAAGUUGGAGUUUUUUCCAAAUUGACCAACGCGUACUGUUUAGUUGCAAUUGGAGGAUCAGAAAGCUUCUACAGCACAUUCGAGGCGGAGUUAGCAGAUCACAUCCCUGUUGUUAAAACCUCCAUUGCUGGGACUAGGAUCAUUGGUAGACUUUGUGCUGGGAACAAAAAUGGGCUUCUCUUGCCACACACCACAACCGACCAAGAGCUUCAACAGUUGAGAAACAGCCUGCCCGAUCAAGUUGUUGUCCAGCGUGUUGAUGAAAAGCUUUCUGCCCUUGGGAAUUGCAUAGCAUGCAAUGAUCAUGUUGCUCUUACACACACUGAUCUUGACAGGGAAACAGAAGAGUUGGUAGCUGAUGUUCUUGGAGUAGAAGUUUUUAGGCAGACAAUUGCUGGAAAUAUUCUUGUGGGAAGCUAUUGUGCCUUCUCUAACAGAGGUGGCUUGGUCCACCCCCAUACUUCUAUUGAAGACUUGGAUGAACUUUCAACACUCCUCCAGGUACCCUUGGUGGCAGGGACUGUUAACCGUGGUAGUGAGGUGAUAGCUGCUGGUAUGACAGUGAAUGACUGGACAGCAUUUUGUGGUGCAGACACUACUGCAACUGAACUUUCUGUCAUUGAGAGUGUUUUCAAGUUGAGGGAAGCCCAACCUACUGCCAUUGUGGAUGAAAUGAGAAAAUCAUUAAUUGACAGCUACGUAUAAAGUCAGCAGUCAGCUUAAGAUAUGCAUUAACUGUCAAUCCAUGUCUACACUGUGAACUCAGCUAUCCCUGUGUUUCGAUAUGGAAGUUGUUUUAUGUUAUCAAGAAGAUGAAGCAUAUAUAUUUUACCCCCUAAAUGGUGAAGGGUUCACCAUUUGUUUGAACUGGAGUUUCGUAGCUGGAUUUGUUCCAGUUUCGUAGCUGGAUUUGUUUGAACAUGUAAUGAAAGCUAUGAAUGAGAUAUAUUCUUCAGUUUGUGUUUAAUGAUACUUGAAAUCCAUUGAGAAAAGCAGGGAAAUUUGUUUUUUCAAUUUGUCAUGUUUUAAC